CAGUCGCCGGCUGAUUUUUUUUCCUUCAGCAGCCGCAAGCUCUAGCUUCAUUCUUCCUCUGUGCGCUGAUCGAUCCUUAUCCCGCCGCCCUUCCCUGAGAUUUUUCAGGCGCCACCGCCCUUGGGCUCCUACAAAUCUCCUCUGCCGGUGCUCCAAUUCACGAAAUCGCGUUCCUGUUCUUCCCAGCUGAGUUCUAGCCAUGGUGCCGGUCGAGUUCCUCCCCAGCUUCUUCUUCUAGCUCGCCCAGCCGAAGUUCCAUGGCGCUCCUCUCUGCCGGCGUUCUCCCCAGCCGCGCUCUGGCGUCCACCUCCGCUCGGCCGCGCGCUCCCUCCCUGCCCAGAUUGCAGACCUCCCUCUGCUCGCGCGCAUGGCCGUGGAGGGCCAAAUCCACACUGCGCUCGCCGAAUCUCACCUCUCUCUGCUCACCUGUGCCGUUGCCCAGCUCGCGGCGCUCUCUCCCUGGCGCGCUCGUCCGCCCCUGCUCCACUGCGCCGAGCAGUUCCCAGCCGAGCUCCUAUCCAGCCAUGCCGCGCCCUCCCUACUCCCUCCUGCAACUCGGUGCCUCUCCCAGCUCGCUGGUCGUCGAGUCCUUCUUCUCCCCAGCGCAUGGAUCAAGUUGUUGCCCCCAGCCAUGUCUUCAUCUCCCUCAACUGACACUUUCUGCUCGGCCACCUGCCAUGGAGCUCGCCCUGCCCCUGUUUCCAUGACCGGCGUCCCCAAGCUCCUCCCCUGUGCGUCGCGAUUUUCCCUGGCGCAGCUCGCUCCCUGUUCGCCGCGUGCUCUGGGAUCCUCCCUGAACCGCGCCAUGGCGACGUUGGACCGGUCGUUCCCUGCGCGCCAACUUCCCUGUGCGCGCCUCUGUUCCUCGUCGUGGUGGGGUCGUGGUGUGGCAACGUCGUGUGCAUCGCGACAGCCGUCCUGACCGCAAAGCAGUCCGCGCAAUAAAGUUCGUCCGGCCGCGACCUCGCUUUGCUCUACUAGAUCAGGAGGCGCACUUCGUGCGCCUUGCAGUAAUCAUGGCUAUUAUGAGGCAAGUGGUUUGUGGAUCAAUUCUUUUUAUUAUAACCAGAACCUGCAGACUCUGAAUGAUAUAUUCUUUUUUUCUCUCAGCACACAUUUUAUUAAUCUAAGAAAUUACUAA